AUGGAAAGUAGUAGUAAUUACGAAAGUCCCAGAUCAUCUAGAAGAAUUAGUCAACCAUAUAAUGACGAAGUAACGAACGAUUACGAUUAUAAUAUUAGUAAACGUUAUGAACAGAGAUCAGGAGGUGGAGGAGGCGGAGGUGACGAAGGCUGGGGAUCAGCAACAUCUUAUGCUAAAGAUUUAGAAUGGAACGACGAAAGGAAAAAUAGUGAUAAAUCUUAUUCAUCUAGAGGAGGUGGUAGUGGCGGAGGAGGUCAAAAAUGGACUUCUUACGAAGGUAAUAGUAGAGAUCGAGGAGCUCCAUAUUCAAAAGGUGGCGGCACUGCUGAUAGAUAUGAUGAUAAUAGGGCUUCGUAUUCAAAUGAUCGUGGUGAUAAAUAUUACGGGAGCGCUGGUGGUGGCAGUAGUGGUAAUAGGUCUCACCGUGAUAGUAAACAAUAUUAUGAAAGGGAUUAUCCUGAUAGCUAUGAGUCUGGAGAUCGUUAUAAUUAUCCUCCUGUUGCUGCUGAUAGUAAUAAGAGGGCUGCUUAUACUGAUGGUCAAGAUUGGGGUAGAAAUGAUAAAUAUGACACAAAUAAUAAUAAUAAAACAUAUCCAAAACAUGAUAGUAGAUCACAAUACCCAGAAAGUGAUAAUAGUAGAAGACAUGAAUAUAGUAGUAGUAGUAGAGGACAUUCUGAUAGAUCUUAUCCACCAGAAAAUGAUUAUGAGCAAUAUUAUAAUAGUAAAUCUAGACAUGAGGAAUCUUCUUAUUCAAGAGUUGAUGAUUGGGACAGAAAAACUUCUUAUCCAAGAGGUGGCAAUGAUUUGAAAAGAUCUGCAGCUACAUAUGAUGAAUACAAGAAUUUGAAUGUCCGUGCUAGCGGUGGUAGAGGACCAAAGUAUCCUCCUCCUAACAGAGGCUAUAAAGGAUCAGUGACCACCACUCCACCCAAGUCAAAUGAUAACAAGAGAUUAAAAACUUACGAUGGUAGACAAUCUUUUAGUAGAUAUGAUGAAGGAUCAAAAGAUUACGACAGACAGGCAGUAGGAAAUGAAUCAUCGUCAGAAUUUGCUGAAGAACCUUUGUGGGAAGAAGAUAAAUAUGGAAUAAAGUCUCAUGCCCCUAGUAAAACUGAACCUGAGGACCCAAAUGAUCCCUGGGGAAAACCUGCAUCAUCAUCAGAUCCUAAUCAUUGGGAUAAUUUUUGGGAUAAUUCUUGGGGUCCAAUGCCAAGUGAUAAUAAUACAGAGGAAAAUAGAAGAUUGGGUUACAUUUAUGAUCACAAGAAAAUUUAA